AUGCUCGUCUCUUCCACAUGCCCGCCUGAUUCAAUCACACUUCGCUCCGUCCUUCGAGCUUGUUCGCAGUGCCAUUACCCGGAAUUGACAACGCAGCUUCAUUGUUAUAUGGUUAAGGUUCGAUCGGGAUUUAGUCCUGAUCAGGUGAUUGUGCUGAACACUUGCUUGCUUAAUGGGUAUAUGGAAUUGGGUCGUUUCGAUAUUGCACGCGAGGUGUUUGAUAGAAUUCCUGAGAGAGAUGUUGUUGCUUGGACUUCAAUGUUGAGAGGGUAUGUGGAGGGUGGAGACAAUGAAGAGGCGAUGGAAGUUUUUGAGGAUAUGGUUGGAUGUGGGGAUUUAGUGAUGAAUGAAUAUGUGUAUUCGUGUGCUUUACGUGCAUGUGCACGGAUGUGUUGUUUUUUCGGAGGGAAGCAGAUGCAUGGCCGUGUUGUUAAGUCGAUGAUGGAUUCAGAUGUGUUUGUUGGGACUGGAUUGGUUGAUUUGUAUGCGAAGUGUGAUGAUAUGGAGAGCGCGAUGAAGGCUUUUUUGGGGAUUACUGACCCCAAUGUAGUGUCUUAUAAUGCUCUCUUGGCUGGCAAUUUAAAAGGGAACAAAGUUCUUCCGUUACUCACUGAGAUGAGAUUGUUGAAAGUGAACCCAGAUCAGGUAACAUUUGCUUGUGCUCUUCGAGCGUGCAAAGAUGAUAUUAGUGUUUGUUCGUUAAAGCAAUUGCAUGGUUUGAUCAUGAAAACAAUGGAGGUCGAGUUAGAUAUGUUUCUGAGCUGUGCACUUUUUGAAGCUUAUAUUAACAUGGGAUGCAUUGUGGAAGCUCAAAAAGUUUUUGGUAGGAUGGAGGAGAAGGAUGAUGCAGCUUUUAAUUUAGCAAUUCAAGGAUACCUUCGGAAUGGCCUUGAAGCGAAAGCUUUUGAGUGCUUCACUGAGGCUCUGAAGAUGAGGAAGAAUGUGAGGGAGGUGAAUGCAACAUCUCUCUUGAUGAAUGGCAGGGGACUUGAUCAAGGGAAGCAGUUGCAUGCUUUUGUUGUCAAAUUUGGAUCAUGUGAUACUUCUAUCGUUGGGUCUUUGGUAAAAAUGUACGCCAACCACCACUGCAUUGCAGAAGCAAUUCAGCUAUUUGAUCAGAUUCCUUCACCCGAUAUUGUCUUGUGGACCGAUUUAAUUUCAAACUUCUCUCACUGUGGUGAGUAUCUGAGAGCACUAACAUUCUACGUCAAGAUGCUCACCGAUGGAGCUGCAGAACCACCAAACAAUUAUACAUUCUCAACAUUGCUGAGGUCAUGUGCACAUCUUGCAGCAGCAUUAGAAGGAAAACAAAUCCAUGGACAGAUCAUUAAGUCUAACUUAAGCAAUAUCGAGUUGGACCCUUUUGUUGCAAGUGCGUUAUUAUUUAUGUAUUCAAGAUGCGGAUACAUUGAAGAAUCAAGAAGGCUGUUUAAAGAUAUGCCAGAAAAAGAUUUGGCCUCGUGGAAUGCAAUGAUCACAAGUCUAGCACACCAUGGUCUUGGAGAAGAAGCUAUUGAAACAUUCAAAGAAUUGUUGAAUCAGAAAGAUAUCGAGCCUAAUGAUAUCACAUUUGUAGGGGUCCUCACUGCAUGCAGCCACGAGGGAAUGAUAGAUCUUGGAAUUCAGUAUUUUCAGGUUAUUAAGCAACCAACAAUUGAUCAUUAUGCUUGUGUGAUAAGCCUUUUUGCUCGGGCAGGACUAUUGAAAGAAGCAUUAGAUCUUGUAGAAGAAAUGCCUUUUGAGGCCAAUGAGAUUAUAUGGUCAUCUUUAUUGGCUGCUAGUAGUACAUAUGCGAAUGUUGAAUUGGGGGAAUAUUCUGCAAAAAAACUACUAGAAUUGGAUCCAAAGGAUCCUGGGACUUAUGUUACUCUUUCGAACAUAUAUGCUGCUGCUCGAAGAUGGGAAGAUAUGAGACGCAUAAGGAAAUUAAUGAAGUCUCAAGUCAAUAGGAAGCACUUAGCAGUUAGUUGGUUAAGAGUGAAUGGAAUAGAACACACAUUUACUGCUGCUUGA